UCUCUUCUUCUGCCAUGGCUCGCACAAAGCAAACCGCGCGCAAAUCCACCGGCGGCAAGGCCCCGCGCAAGCAGCUGGCCACCAAGGCCGCCCGCAAGAGCGCUCCAGCCACCGGCGGCGUCAAGAAGCCUCACCGCUACCGGCCCGGCACCGUGGCGCUGCGCGAGAUCCGCCGCUACCAGAAGUCCACCGAGCUGCUGAUCCGCAAGCUGCCGUUCCAGCGCCUGGUGCGCGAGAUCGCGCAGGACUUCAAGACCGACCUGCGCUUCCAGAGCUCGGCCGUCAUGGCGCUGCAAGAGGCCUGCGAGGCCUACCUGGUGGGUCUGUUUGAGGACACCAACCUGUGUGCCAUCCACGCCAAGCGCGUCACCAUCAUGCCCAAGGACAUCCAGCUGGCCCGCCGUAUCCGCGGGGAGAGGGCGAGACCUUACUUGGAGCUGGUGUACUUGGUGACCGCCUUGGUGCCCUCCGACACAGCGUGCUUGGCCAGCUCCCCGGGCAGCAGCAGGCGCACAGCCGUCUGGAUCUCCCGGGACGUGAUGCUCUCCUUGCGGCUGCGCUUGCGCUUCUUGCCGUCCUUCUUCUGCGCCUUGGUCACCGCCUUCUUGGAGCCCUUCUUCGGGGCGGGAGCGGACUUGGCGGGCUCAGAGGAACAACAAUUUUGUGUCCAGUUGGUAUUUCCGUCCACCAUGGCCCGUACUAAGCAGACGGCCCGUAAGUCCACCGGCGGCAAAGCGCCGCGCAAGCAGCUGGCCACCAAGGCCGCCCGCAAGAGCGCCCCGGCCACCGGCGGCGUCAAGAAGCCUCACCGCUACCGGCCCGGCACCGUGGCGCUGCGCGAGAUCCGCCGCUACCAGAAGUCCACCGAGCUGCUGAUCCGCAAGCUGCCGUUCCAGCGCCUGGUGCGCGAGAUCGCGCAGGACUUCAAGACCGACCUGCGUUUCCAGAGCUCGGCCGUCAUGGCGCUGCAAGAGGCCAGCGAGGCCUACCUGGUGGGUCUGUUCGAGGACACCAACCUGUGCGCCAUCCACGCCAAGCGCGUCACCAUCAUGCCCAAGGACAUCCAGCUGGCGCGCCGCAUCCGCGGGGAAAGGGCGUAAAGCCUUUUUUUUUUUUUUUUUCCUUUUACGAGUGUUCGAAAACCAAAGGCUCUUUUAAG